AUGCCCCUCAUUAAUGAUAUUUCACAGUUGCAUGGUAUUUAUGUCUUCAAUGAUGUUGAAAUCCUACAUGAAGAACGAACAAACAAUUGGCAAAAAAUCAAGAGCGUUCAAACAAGCAUUGAUACCUUAUGCCGAGAAUUAAAAAUUGAUAUCAAGCAGUUCAGUCAAGAUUCGAUUGCCAUGAGUUUUCUCACGGUAGGUGAAAUGGCUUCAACUGAGAAUUUAAAUCAGUUGGAGCCAACAUUUAUGUAUACCCAAAUAUUCAAGGAUAUUCUUCUUGAUAUGGAACAUGAUGAACAAGCCAUCAAACAGUUUACUGAUUAUUGUCGAAAUAACGACACCAUGUCACCAACUAAUAUUGACCGUUUUAAAAAAGAAUACAAUGCUGAAUUAGCUGUCUGGUGGUAUACUUUUCCAUCCAGUAUAUAUUCUAUGCUCAACUAUGGUCUUCGAACAUUGAACGCCGACACAAUUAUAAUUAUGGGAUUUUUUCUAUGUGAUUUGCAUCGACAAAUUCAACAGCUGCAUGAACAACAGGUCAGCACUUAUGGUGGAAAACCUUUUUUAGUUUAUCGAGGACAAGGUCUUAUGAAAUCAGACUUUGAAAAACUUCAAAAAACACAAGGUGGACUAAUGUCAUUUAACAAUUUCUUGUCUACCAGUACAGAUAAAGAAGUACCACUCGAUUUUGCUCGAUGUGCUUCAACAAAUCUGGAUAUGGUGGGCAUUCUUUUUAUAAUUUCCAUUGAUCCUCGUGUUAAAUCAGUGCCAUUUGCCUCCAUCAAGGGCGUCAGUUAUUUUAAGGAAGAAGAUGAAACUCUCUUCUCAAUGCACACCGUUUUUCGAGUGGGUGCAAUUAAACAAAUGGAUAAUACGACUCAAAUUUAUCAAGUUGAAUUACAAUUAACGUCGGAUGAUGACCAACAACUACGAUUACUUACUGAUCGGAUACGAGAAGAAGCUGAUGGUAGUACCGGAUGGAACAGAUUAGGUAAUUUAUUGCUUACAAUUGGCCAGUUUAAUAAAGCUGAAGAACUUUAUAACGUAUUACUCGAACAGACAUCUGAUGAGAGUGAAAAAGCGCUUUAUUAUAAUCGGCUGGGAUUAGUGUAUUCGAAUCACGGUGAUUAUGAAAGGGCUAUUCGGUAUUACGAACAAGGGCUUGAAAUAUAUCAAAAAAGUCUUCCUUUAAAUCAUCCUUCAUUGGCUACUUCAUACAACAACAUCGGUAUGGUGUAUGGUAACAUGGGAGAGUACGAAAAAGCACUUUCAUUUUACGAAAACGCACUUGAAAUUGAUCAAAAAAGUCUUCCUUCAAAUCAUCUUGAUUUGGCCACUUCAUACAGCAACAUUGGUUUAGUGUAUGACAAAAUGGGAGAGUAUUCGAAAGCACUUUCAUUUUAUGAAAAAACACUUGAAAUUCAACAAAAAAGUCUUCCUUCAAAUCAUCCUCAUUUGGCUACUUCAUACAGCAACAUCGGUUUACUAUAUAACGACAUGGGAGAGUUCCCGAAAGCACUUUCAUGUCACGAAACAGCACUUGAAAUCUGUGAAAAAAGUCUUCCUUUAAAUCAUCCUGAUUUGGCUACUUCGUACAACAACAUCGGUUUAGUGUAUGACACGAUGGGAGAGUACGCGAAAGCACUUUCGUACUACGAAAAAGCACUUGAAAUUCGACAAAAAACUCUUCCCUCAAAUUAUCCUCAUUUGGCCAUUUCAUAUAACAAUAUCGGUGGUGUGUAUUGUAACAUGAGAGACUACUCGAAAGCACUUUCAUCACGCGAAAAAGCACUUGAAAUCUGUGAAAAAAGUCUUCCUUCAAAUCAUCCUGAUUUGGCUACUUCAUACAACAACAUCGGUACGGUGUAUAACUACAUGGGAGAGUACGAAAAAGCACUUUUAUCUCACGAAAAAGCACUUGAAAUUCGAAGAAAAAGUCUUCCUUCAAAUCACCCUUCUUUGGCUACUUUAUAUAACAACAUCGGUAAUGUAUAUAACCACAUGGAAAAAUACUCGGAAGCAGUUUCAUUUCAUGAAAAAACACUUGAAAUAUAUCAAAAAAGUCUUCCUUUAAAUCAUCCUUCAUUGGCUACUUCAUACAACAACAUCGGUAUGGUGUAUGGUAACAUGGGAGAGUACGAAAAAGCACUUUCAUCUCACGAAAAAGCACUUGAAAUUCAACAAAAAACUCUCCCUUCAAAUCAUCCUCAUUUGGCUGGUUCAUACAACAAUAUCGGUUUGGUGUAUGACAAGAUGGGAGAGUACUCAAAAGCACUUUCAUUUUACGAAAACGCACUUGAAAUUGAUCAAAAAAGUCUUCCUUCAAAUCAUCUUGACUUGGCUAAUUCAUACAACAACAUUGGUAGUGUUUACUACAACAAAGGAGAGUACUCAAAAGCACUUCCAUUUUACGAAAAAGCACUUGAAAUCUGUGAGAAAAUUCUUGCUCCAAAUCAUCCUUCAUUGGCUAAUUCAUACAAAAAUAUCGGUAGGGUGUAUAACAACAUGGGAGAGUACGAAAAAGCACUUUCAUUUUACGAAAAAUGCUUUGAGAUCGAUGAAAAAAAUUUUCUUUCAAAUUAUCCUGAUUUUGCGCAGUCAUACAACAUCGGUUUGGUGUAUAGCAACAUGAGAAAGUACUCGAAAACAGUUGCAGAUUUGGCACGAACUUUGAACAUAUUCCAACGUGCAUUGUCUCCAACUCAUCAUCAUAUCGAAACUCAAAGAGAGCAUUGA